AUGGCGAGCGCAACCGAGUUGAACCUGAGCAACAGGCUCAAUGAGAGCAGGAGUCCGUAUGUCCGAGGACAUAUGAACAAUCCGGUAGCAUGGCAGAUGUGGACACCAGAAGCUCUUGCGCUGGCGAAGAAGCACAACCGACUUCUGUUUGUCAGCAUUGGCUAUGCAGCCUGCCACUGGUGCCACGUCAUGGAGCGAGAGUCCUUCGAGAACCAAGAGAUCGCCAGAAUCCUGAACGAGUCCUUCAUACCUAUCAAGAUCGACCGUGAGGAACGGCCGGACGUCGACCGCAUAUACAUGAACUACGUCCAAGCAACAACAGGGUCGGGAGGCUGGCCGCUGAAUGUUUUCCUCACCCCUGACCUGAAACCUAUAUUCGGGGGAACAUACUGGCCAGGCCCUUCGUCGGCAACAGGGCACCGCGGCCACAUCGGAUUUCUAGGAAUACUGCAAAAGAUUCGGGAUCUCUGGCGAGAUAAGCCGGAAGUUUGCUUAGAAUCCGGGAACGCGAUCACAGAACAACUGCGUGAAUUCGCCAACGAAGGCACUAUCAGCAAAGACAAUGCGGACCACGAAGGCGACGGCCUAGAUCUGGAGCUCCUCGAAGAAUCGUAUCAGCACUUUGAACGAAAGUACGAUAGAAUGUACGCCGGCUUUGGUGGCGCGCCCAAGUUUCCGACGCCUGUCAACCUCUCCUUUCUUAUCCGCCUUAGCCAAUACCCAAGCGCGGUCCAAGACGUAGUGGGAGCACAAGAGUGUGACAACGCGCAGAAGAUGGUCCUCGCGACUCUCAAUGCCAUGACCCGCGGCGGAAUCCACGACCAGAUCGGCAACGGCUUCGCCCGCUACUCCGUAACCCGCGACUGGAGUCUCCCCCACUUCGAGAAGAUGCUCUACGACCAGGGCCAGCUCCUCCAAGUCUACCUUGACGCCUACCUCAUCACCAAAGAUCCCGUGAUGCUCGAAACUGUCCAUGACAUCGCGACCUACCUCACCACGCCACCCAUGCACAGCCCAACCGGCGGCUUCUUCUCCGCCGAGGACGCAGACUCCUACUACCGGCCGCAAGACACCGAGAAGCGCGAAGGCGCCUUCUAUGUCUGGACGCUCAAGGAGUUCCAGUCCAUUCUCGGCGAGCAGGAUGCUGAGAUCUGCGCGCGGUACUGGGACGUGCGUGACAGCGGGAAUGUGAGCCCUGAACACGAUGCACACGACGAGCUUACCAAUCAGAACGUGCUGUGCAUCAGACGGACUCCGGAGCAACUGGCAAAGGUAUACGGCAUGUCUCGCGAAGACAUCCUCCAAAUCAUCGCCAAGAGCAGGCAGAAACUCCUCGAGCACCGGAACCGAGAACGCCCUCGACCAGCGCUGGACGACAAGAUCGUCGUGGGCUGGAACGGCCUCGCCGUCGGCGCACUCGCGCGCACCAGCGCAGCCCUCGCAGCCUCUGACCCAGAGAAGUCCCACACUUACCUCGCCGCCGCCGAGAAAGCGGUACACUUCAUCAAGUCGGAGCUCUUCGACGAGAGCACCUCCACGAUGAAGCGCGUGUACCGCGAAGGCCCCGGUGACGCACCAGCCUUCGCAGACGAUUACGCCUUCCUGAUCUCCGGCCUCAUCGACCUCUACGAGGCGACCUUCGACGACCAGUACCUCCGGUUCGCGGACACGCUGCAGCAGGCCCAGAUCGCGCAAUUCUGGGACGAUGUGGGGGGCGGGUUUUUCUCGACAGCGCCGGACCAGCCGGAUUUAAUUUUGCGCCUGAAGGAUGGCAUGGACAAUGCCGAGCCGGGCACUAACGGUGUCAGCGCAAACAAUCUGUGGCGGCUGGGGAGUUUGCUCGAGGAUGAAACCUAUACGGAGCGGGCGAGGAGGACGUGCGGGGCGUUUGAGGCGGAGGUUGGGCAGCAUCCGUUUUUGUUCUCGAGUAUGAUGACGAGUAUAGUUGCGGAUGUGCUGGGCAUGAAGAGCGUGGUUGUUUGUGGGGAGGGCGAGGAGGUCGAGGAGGCGGUGAGGAGGAUUAGGGAGAGUGCAGGGACUACGAGAACGGUGGCGAGACUGGGGGGUGGGAGUAAGUCGGAGUGGCUGAGGGAGAGGAAUGAGCUUUUCAGGAGCCUGGAUCCGGGGAAGCCGAGGGUGCAGGUUUGUGAGGGAGGGGUAUGUAAGGAGGAGUUGAAGGUUGGAGACGUGGAAAAAGCGUUGAGCCGGUUUAGUUGA